AUGUCUUCUUACGGUCAACUUUUCAUAUUACUCUGGUUGUAUCGUUAUGUGCGAUUAAUCGUCAAUUGCAUUUCCCAUUGGACAUUCAAGCCUAUUCCCCUACCCAACGAGCCCACCUUGACGUCUCAGGAUGUCACCAUUAUCAUACCCACCAUCGAUGGAGAUGGCGAAGAAUUGCGCCAAACGAUUCGCUCUUGUUUGCAAACCGAGCCAUUCGAGAUCAUUCUCGUGACCAUUGAUGCAAAUCUCAAGCGUGCAAUGCAAAUGGUCAUGACCAUGCCAACCUCCCGCAUUCGCGUCCUCAGCGUCGCCCAUGCAAAUAAGCGGAGGCAGAUGUGCCACGCAAUCCCGGAAGUCACCACUAAGAUCACUCUCUUCGCCGAUGAUGACGUGACGUGGCCACGCCAGAUUCUGGAGUGGAUUCUAGCUCCCUUUGAGCUGCCCGAGUACGGCGGCGUGGGAACGUGUCAGAGAUUACGCCGGGCAGAAAGCCCAGACUGGUCUACGCGGAUAUGGAACUUUCUUGGAGCCAUUUACCUCGAGCGAAGAAACUUUGACAUCUCAGCGACCACGCACCUGGAUGGCGGUAUCCCCUGUUUGUCUGGUAGAACAGUUGCUUAUCGGACCCACAUUCUACAAGACCCUGCCUUCACCUACGGCUUCACUCACGAGUACUGGCUUCAAAAGUUCCAGUUGAAUGCUGAUGAUGACAACUUCAUCACUCGCUGGAUGCUUUCUCAUGGCUGGAAAACCAUGGUUCAGUACUGUAAAGAUGCUGAACUCCGGACCACCCUGGAGGACAAUCCUCGGUUUCUGAAGCAAUGUUUACGCUGGUCUCGCAGUAACUGGAGAAGCAAUCUUAAAAGCAUGUUUUACGAGGGCUAUGUUUGGACCAAACAGCCGUGGAGCACCUAUGCUAUUCACCUCCCGACUCUCACCGCCUGCGCCAUCGUGUGGGACCCAAUGCUCAUUUAUCUUUGCUACCGAGCCACGGAAGGCUGGUCCAACAGAACACAGUUCCUCGCAAUAGGCACCCUACUCGCCUGGAUGUUUCUGAGUAAAUCCAUCAAGCUGAUCGGACAUUUUGUUCGCUAUCCAGAGGAUAUUGUACUUCUCCCUGUUUCGAUGCUUUUUGGGUAUUUUCAUUCGUUUAUCAAGCUUUAUGCGUUUUUAACGUUGAAUGUGACUACAUGGGGUAGUCGAGAAGGAGCUGAUACAGACGAUGCCUACCGUAUGAUACGGUUGAACCAAGCGGAACUCGAAAAGCAAUUGAUAUACAAUUCCUGA